ACUUCCUGGUCACAUUCUCUCGUAGGUCCCAGUCCCCUCUCACUGAUGGGUAUGUGUGCUCCUGUACGGCAGUCAACAGGGAGGACACGGUCUGAAAGCGGAGACACGGGCUCAAAGUGAGAAGAGGGAGGAAAUUGUCUGCCCGGAGGAAAAGCUGUCACAUAGCUAGCGUGGUCGGAGCAAGACCAGGGGAGGAACCACAAAUGCUUGUUACUCCGUGUUAGCGCUUAGCCCAAGGACGUACUAGGAAAAACAAACACAGGCGAGACUGGGGACGAGGCGCAAGAUUCGGAUCGCAUUCAGCCGGGCCAGGGAAGGGGCUGCUGAAAACCCUGAAGGGAUAUGAGCUGGGAAUACGCGCGGGUAUCAUGUCCUGACUACAAAAGACUAAUUAUCCGCGGAUAAACUGCAGCAGCACGUCAGAAAUAAAGGCCUCCUCCGAUGGAGCGCUGUGCUCUUUAAUCCGGCCAGAAACCUCCCCGACAGGCAGCGACGAGCUACGGCAAAGGGACGCUUUAUUCGCAAUUGAGGGGAUUUAUGGGAUCGCAAGUUUCCUCUGAUGAGAUGAGUGUGCGUGCUGGCCAGGGCAGUGAUGAGGUGCUGGUUUCACAGGCAGUGUGGGAUUACCUGGCUGCAGCUGGGCGGCCCUGGCUCAUUGACUUCCAGCACAAGCAGGGGAUGAGUGCUGGUAUAAUUAGGCGGGGAGAGAGGGGGGGCUGCUGCGCCGUGAGGCUGCAACCGGUGGAAGGCUUCAGGACAACUGGUGCUGGAGUGAUGGAUGGACCCAUCUCCAGCGAGACACGAAAAGCCUUCAUUGACUUAUGCCGCUGUGCCCGCAAAGAAAUGAGCAAACAGGAGGGGGGACACAAGAGGAAGAGGGUCCUGCUGCCCUGUGUGGGAGUCCUGGAGCCGAACGGUGAGGGGAGCCUGCUUCAGCCUCCACCUCCACAGCCUCGGCGCUCCCAGAGACAGCAGCAGAGGUUCAGGAAGCCUGCUGAUGAGGAGGCCUGUGCCAUGCUCCACGAGGCAGCCCAGAGGAAGGACAUGGACUCCAGCUUGGCUUCCAACAGUGAGGCAGAGGACAACAAUACUUGUUCAAUCUGCAUGGGGGACAUAGUGGAGAAGACUACCCUGGAGAGGUGCGGCCAUUCGUUCUGUCGCUCAUGCCUGGAUCAAGCCUUUAAGGUGAAGAAAGCGUGUCCUGUGUGUCGGCUAGUGUAUGGCCAGUUGAUUGGAAACCAGCCUGCUAAUGGUACAAUGAUCGUAGAGAGAGAUCCUGAUCUGGAGAUUCCUGGCCACGAAGGCCAUGGGUGUAUCUGCAUCAUCUACAGCUUCCCUCCUGGCCUACAGGCGCCAGAACACCCAAACCCGGGUGUUCGGUACCCAGGAACAGACCGCGUGGCCUACCUCCCUGACAGCCCUGAGGGGAACCGUGUGCUGGGCCUGCUGCGCCGGGCCUUCGAACAGCGCCUUAUCUUCACCAUCGGUACCUCCAUGACUACAGGCAUGCAAAAUGUCAUCACCUGGAAUGACAUUCACCACAAGACCUCAAUAUGGGGCGGGCCCCGCUGUUUUGGCUACCCAGACCCCACUUACCUGGUACGAGUGACAGAGGAGCUCAGAGAGAAAGGCAUCACGGCAGACUGACAACGUGAAAGUGACAGACUCUUCCAGGACUUUGUAAGACUUUCCUAAUGUCCUUGUCCUUGCGGUGGACAUGACUCGGCUCCAGGUUGUGCUCUGAGACUGCUGGCUGAAGACAAGGCCCUCAGCAGACGAGUGUCUAAUGCUGCAGCAGAGCCCACAUCACUCCACUAGCUGUUCUUCUGUUUGUUCAUUUUCCUCCAGAGUUAAGCUUAACCCAGUGCUACAUGUGGAAGAAAAUACUUUGAGUGCAGUGCAUUCUUGUAUUACACAAUACUCUACCUGUCACAUUUGGCAAUAGGACCGAUAUCUGAUGCACUUAUUUAAGAGCAUCGUGGGGUGUUUGAAUUCAAGGUACUUAUAUAUUAUUUAGGAUAUCUAAGUUUAUUGUUAUAAAGACAGUUCAUGUUAUAUUAAUGUUUGUUUCUGAUCUGGGGAUUGCUUUAUUUCUUACAAGCACACAUUAUUGGUUUUAUCUCCCUGGAAAUGUAUGUUGAGUAAGUCUGUAAUUUGAUUGUUACUAAUUACUUGUCGUAAGGAUUAUAUGGCAGAAUAGCACUGCUUGAAUAGAAAGAAUUCAUUCUCUGAAGUUAUUGCAAUGUAAAGCACUCACAGCACAGGCACUUUGGUAAGACAGUCUGUUUAUCCGUGAAGUAGGAGUCAUAGUUUUUGCUUCCUCUGUGUGGAAGAGUGCUCGGGGCAAACAGGUUCAUGCAGUCAUCCGCUAACGUAUUAGCUUGAUGACUGCAAGGUGAUGUCAGUUGCUUGGAACUCUUCAUUUGCUUGUGAUCUUAAUUUUUCCCCCUCCAUUUUUACUUAAAACGGAAGAAUGUUAAACGAUGUCUCAUUGCAGCACCUUUUAUUACAUGCAUAAGGACUUCCGCCUGGGUUUUUUUUUUUUUUUUUUGCCAUUGAUCACUCCUGUUAUUUCAAGAUGUCUCCCAGGUGUUGAGGCCAUUACCUCAGUUGUUUGUAAUGUGCUCAUCUAAUUACCAGAUUUAAGACGAUGUCAAAUGUAAAGGGCAUAUAGACCAAUUAAACCAAAUCAAAGGCACAAAAGCUCUUUAAAUAUCUAUGCCUCUGUCCCUGUCAAACUGGGAGAUUUGCCUGCAAAUGUUCUCAUUUAAAAUGAGGUAAAUGUUGUAAAUUUGUGUAUUUGAAUAGAUAAUCUACGAUACACAGUGAAACAAUAUCAAAAGAAAAUGCUUUGGGAACAAUUGAUCUGAUUUAGGGUAGGUGGGAUACUGAUUUUGUUGUGCCUUUCUUAUAUUCACUUUUGAUAAAAAUCAAGCAUGAUGUUACUAAUGAAUGGUAAACAGUUUGGGCGUAUUUUGGUGUUUUUGAUAGGUGAGCAGCAUUAUGUUUGUAGCUAUACUAUCUGGCUUUAAGUACAAAUACUAAAUACACAGUUCAUGAAAAUAUGUAUACUAAUGUGUACUAAAUUAGCGUCUCCUUCAUAAACAUUCUUGUAGUCCAAAUGCUGAAAAAACCCUCAGACAGAUAAAGCUGUAUGUGUGAAAGUGCUUUGUUAAGUACAGUAACCUGCUUGGCUAGUGGUAAAUUUUUCAUUAAUUUGACUGGUCAGAUCCAUAAAUCAAAUAUCCUUUUAUUAUGUUGUCAUCCCCUUUAUAGUUUAGUUAAGGGACCAACUGAAAUAUCUUUGGGACACAGGAUUGAAGUUUACUAAAGCUACUGUGCAAACAUUUCUAUGCAUUACACGACUGAGGAGGAGUCGGGAGAAUGGCUAGUAGAGAGAUUUCACAUAUUACAAAUUGAUUGUUGAAGAGAAGUUGGAUUUUUGCUUUUCUAAUUGUGUUGAUUCGUACAUUGUUGAUAUUCAAAAUAAUGUGCUUUACAUUUUAAUACUUGAAUAAAAAGUUAUGUUUGGGUUUGUAUUGGAUAUUCAGUGUAGGCCCCAAAUAAACUAGGCGCAUUGUAAGCUACUGCAGAUCAGACUUGUGUCGAUUUGGAAAGUGUCCAUUUGCAUUUGGAAUGACUUCAGGUUGUUUCCUCUCAUCAAAAUUUGAUCCAGACUAUUACUCUGUAGUAUCACGGAUUCUUGUGACACAAGAUACGGAACUCUGCUAAUGCACUUUGUGCCAUCUAGUGGACAACAUCAUGACUGGGUAGUAAACAGAGCUUUAACAUACCUCACAUACCCACUUUUACCUUAUUUAUACCACAACUACCUUUACAAAAUGAUCAUAACAUGGGCUAUGUCAUAAUGCAGUUUUUUAAUGCAUAAUCAUGAGCAUUCAUGGCUGCACUUUCCAGCUUACAGGGUAUAGAGUUAUACAUAAUUGUUCAGUAUGAGUGUCAUGGUGGCCUAGGGGCUAAGAUGUGUAUCAUGUUAAGCACAACGAGCUGGUCUGAAUCUGGCUGGGGACCUUUGUUGCAUUUCAUCCCCCUCUCACACUGCCCACAUUUCCCUUUCUGCCAUACUACUCAGUUAAAAGAAAAUGUGCCCGAGAAAACAGUCUUAAAAAAUGGAAGGUAUCCUAGGCUGCCAUGAUUCUCAGCCUUUGGAGGUGCGCACUACUGAAGAUGAGCACAAGGGAUUUUAUCAACGUCUUAUAAUUGAAUAAAUUACUCAGAGAUGCACCAAUACAUCAUAACUGGUACCUGUGCAGUUCAGUUUUAAGAAGCACUAUCAAUUGUGGACCAAUACUUUUACUCUCAGUACUUAGCUGAUUGAAGAAUUUGAGUGAACCGCUUACUUUGUAUAGGUGCAUUUUGCAAGUAUUCAUUCCUUUACAAAAUUACAUUUUUGGCAAAGUAUCACUUUUGUAAUGAAAAUAAUUACAAAGUGGCCUUCAGUUAUGAAACACUAAUAGGAAACUCAUUUUAGUUUGCUUUGAGCCUCUUUUCUUCAUAAGGAAAUCUCUCAGAAAUCUUACUCAGAAGAGCAUCACAUAAUUAAAGAUGAAUUAUUGGUAAGGACGCCUUGUUUGCCCUUUCAAAUAUUAUGACUUUGUAACUUAGUACUAAGAUUGUCUUCAAAAGGUUACUUAAACACUGUCACUUGAAAGGUUUUACAAAGGCUGCAGAUGGUAAAGAUGCUACUCCUCAUCCCGAUUUUUGUUCUCUCCUGCUCACAGCUUCAAGCAAAAACUUAUUUGCUAAUGAUCACAGAUUGUCAAAGCAAGCACUAAAAUUCUAAUAAAUAAUGAUGACAUUAUUCUACUGUUUUUCAUAUAUUCAGAUUGUUAAGGACCAAUUGAUAAUUUUUUGGCCAUAGAAAUGACGGGUAUUCUUACA